UUAUUUAUUUCUCAGUUUCAAACGCGUAGUUUGAAUUGAUUUCAAGGAGAGUUUACCAAAUCCCAGGCGCCUUUAAAAUUUGAAUAUUGCGUGACCGAAGCACUAUCCAAACAUCCAAUAUGGCGACUGCAUCAAAAACAACGGUUCGUGAUCUCGGUAACUUACAGUGACUUCCAAAGGAAGAGAAAACCUUCUUAACAAAGGACCUAAAAAACAGGAGUUUGUUUCCAGCUCUGCCAGAGCCAGAUGAAGAUGACUGGCUGUCGUCGCACUCUGAAAUGAAAGAGACGCAUGAUUCUUGGUGGCAAAGAUUUCAAUCUGUCAUUUCGCCCGUCAGAGAGAGGAAGAAAAAAAUAUAUCUUGUGCCUCUGGGAGAAAAAUGGGCGACCUCUGAAGUAGAACUGGAUAAAAUUGGCACUAAAGAAAGCUUUUUAUCGCUUCUACAACGAUUUGCGAGUGUAUUUUUCACCGGUUUUCAAGUUGUUGUCCUUUCGUCUGUUUCCAUAGCGGAACUGAAGUGUAAGACACGACGGCAUGGCGGACAUAGGCAGCUAUUAAUUCCAGAUAUCUAUAAAUACCUCCAAAGUAAAUGGCCUUCUGACGCUUUCUGCGUUGUGGGGAUCACAAUGAUGGAUUUGUACCCGAGGGAGAGCUGGAAUUAUGUGUUCGGACAGGCCUUACCUUCAGCCGGUGUCGGAGUGUUCAGUUUUGCAAGAUACGAUCCACUCUUUCACGAAAAAGAUAGCACGAAAGCCUUGUCAUCCAACACGAGUACCCUUGUGUUGUGGAGAAGUUGUAAGGUAUAUUAGAUCUUUAGCCCCUAAAAUUUACUAACAUCUAA